AUGAGCACUUCAUCAGCGUCUGUUUCCAUCCAAGGACAACUUCUCUGGCGCGUCAACUUGCCAGAAAUCACGCGAGUUGCCACUUUGUCGCGGACGACACCUGCUGUGACCGAGGACCUCUUGCUAUAUGGUUUGCUCGGUCCCGCUAGAGUUGUUGCUUUAGACCGUAAGAGUGGAAGACUGGUGUGGAUGUCGGAAGAUCUGGAUGAAACGGCCCGGGCAAGGAUCACCAUGUCAGGAACAGCAUACGACGGAGCUUUCUACGUUGGUAUCUCUUCGCGCCAAGAGCUUGUGGAGGCAACCUGCUGCACAUUCCAGGGAAGCUUUCAGAAACUAGACCUCAAAAAUGGAAAACGAAGAUGGAGAACUGACAUGGUUCCUGAAAACUCCGGUUUCUAUGGCGUUUCGGUAUGGGGAAGCAGUCCUUCCGUCGAUCCCAAGCGAGGACUCGUCUUCAUUGGCACUGGGAACCUCUACCAGAUCCCGAGCGACGUCCAGGACUGCCUCAACAGAAACGCCAACUCGAGCGACUGCUAUCCUCGCGGCGUCUGCGACGACACCGUUGUAGCCGUGAACAUGGCCGACGGUGAGAUACUCUGGCGUAACAGGCUCGGAGGAAACGACGUAUAG